AUGGGAGAUGAAAAUUAUGCAGAAGAUGGCUGUAUCAGAAGCAGUAGUAGAGGAAAAAAUUUAGAUUUUAAAGAAGUUCAAAAGGAAAUAGAAGAAUUUAAAAUUAAGCAAAAUGAAACAUUCACGUUUUAUCUAAACAGCAUAGAUAAUUUAAUGGAAAAGGUUCAAAAGGCAAAAAAAAAUGUAGAAGAAAAAAUAAAGAAAAAAAAAGAUAAUGUUAAAAGCGAAAGUGAUAAACGAAGUGAAAAUACAAGUUUGAACGAUAACAAUGCCCAGACAAAGGACAAUGAUAUGGACAGAAAUGAAAUAAAAAGUAAUUUUGAUAUUAAGGAACUAAUAAAGGAUGUCAAAGAGCUCAAAAUUUUAGAAAAGGUUAGUGAAGAAAAUAAAAAAUUUUACAACAUUUUAUUGUCAUCUUAUAGAGGUAUAAUAUCGCUAAUAAAACAAGAAACUCCUGAGAUUUUCAAAAAUAUUAACAUAAAAAAAAACGUUAUCCUUAGAUUAAUUCUACUGCAUUUCUUACAAAAGGGGGAUUUUUUCAUGUACUAUGUAUUGAAUAAAGAAAUUAUGAACAAAAAAAAAAAAAAAAAAAUCGAAAAGGAUACAUAUAUGAUGAAUAAAUUAAGCAAACAUUGUGCUAUAAAUGAAAAGACACAACUGUGUAAUGAAGUGAAAGAAGUUCCUGAACCUUUGUUUGCAGGUAAUAGCAUUGCGCAAAAUGAAGAUACUAAAUAUGUACAUAUGAUAAGCAGGGGAUCUGGAGAAAUCGGAGGCACACGGAUAGACGCAUUCUCUGUUUCUUCAAAGGAUGAAAGAAAUGAAAAACAGGAUCCAGAUAGACAAGCAGGACAAGCUAAUCAUGCGAUUCAUGUGCAUCAAACUAACUCGCUAGGAACAGAAAACACAUCAAAUAAUGAAAGUUCACUUCGAGAUGAACAUUUGAAGGGGGGAAAAUCCCAAGAUAUAUAUCAAGGUAUUUCCAAAGAAGAUAGUCAUAAUUACUUGCACACUAUUGAGGCAACAGUGAGGAAUUACCAAAGUAUAGAAAGAAGAAAGUAUGUAGGACAUCAUAAUUCAAUUCUGCUUAAUAAUAUAAAAAAUCACAAAUCUGUGUAUUUGAAAAAUGAUAUUUUUUCUCAAUUAAAAGAAGAAUACAUAAGCAAAAUAACUUUUGAACAUAAUACAGAAAAAAUAGAAUUCGAACAUGCAUUAAUUGAGGAAGAAAUAUUCGAAGGAUACACAAAAUUACAUACAAUUUUGUACAAUCUAAAAAAAUUCCAAGUGGAUACAUGUAUUGAAUGGUACAAUAACUGUAGUGAAUCAACAAGGAAAAAAUAUGUUAAGUUAAUAUAUUUAUUACAUUGUGUUAAUUAUUUAAUAUAUUCAAAGGAGAAUAAAGAAAAGGCACUUAGUUGUCUAAGGGACCUUAUGAUGAACUAUAGUGAAAAUAUAUCUCACAUAUCUAGGUUAAGUACAUUCAUAUGCAUUGGUGUUGAUAAUUUUUUCUUCAAAAAUAUGUUUUCCAGUGUUCAUUCAAAAGUUUUUAAUUUUUUUAAACGAGCUUUUAAUGAAGAAGGGAUAAUCAUUCGUAUGUCCCGAAAGGACAAACCCAAAAGGUCAAGUGAAGGAGAUGUAUUGUUACAUAACAGGGUUAAACUCAAUGAAUCCUCACAGGGACAUAGUAACAAGGAAAGCACUCCUUUGGAUGGGCAGAUAUCGACGAUAUUUGGAAAAAAGAGAAAUGAUAUAACACAACAGAGAGGUGAAGAUGGGCAAGGUGACAAUGGUAACCAUCACGAUGAUGAAGAAGAUGAUGACGAGGAGGAGGAAGAUGACGAUGAUGAGGGAGAUGAUGAUGACUAUGAUGAUUAUGACGAUGAAGGAAGAAGCAUAGGCAGGCGAUUGAUCCCAUUUAUGUCACGAAGGAGAGAAACAAAAUUAUCCAAGUUGGUGCAAAAGAGAAAUGAAAAAAUGAAAAGAAUGAAGAGAAUGAAAAGUAUGAAAAAAAUGAAAAGUAUGAAAAGAGUGAAAAGAAUGAAAAGAAUAAAAAGAAUGAAAACAAAUGAAAACAUUUUAAAGAGAAAAAUAGAGAAAAACAAGGAUAAUGAGAAAGGGAAAGAGUUCAAGAAAAAGAAAAAAAAAAAAAAAAAAAAAAAUAUACUUUUUACAUGUAUAGCACACCAACAGGGGUACGAUUUUAGUACAAAAACGAGUAAUAGGAUACCAUUAAUACAUAACAAUAUAUAUAAGGAGAAAUACAUCAGCUGUGUUUCAGAUGAUGAGUAUAGCUAUGCGGUGGAGGAAGAAAAUAAUUCCCCUCCGUUAUGUGAGAUGUAUUUAGAAGAUAGAAUAGAACAGUUUAUAAGAAAUGAAAAGAGAAUAGUUAACCCUUUCUUUUAUGACGAAUCAAAUGAGCAUUAUGUAAAUAACGUUAACUUGAUUUUGCCCGAGAUGAAAUUUAACAAUCAUGGGAAAAGUAGACAAGAUAAUGAUGGAAUAAAAGAAAAAGUUGCAAUAGAGAAUGAAACGGAAGAAAAACUGAAAAAAGGGUGGUAUAAUCACGUUUUCAAGUGCACCAAAGAUGUUUUUGUAGAAGUUCAUUCAGCAGAAAAUGAAACACAUUUUUCAAGAAAUAAAACGAAAGUAGAAGAGCAAAAUUUGAAUCGUCACUAUUAUCAUCAUACUAAUGAAAGUGAAAAAAAAGAACCAGAGUCUGUUUAUUUGUAUGAAUUGAGUGAAAACGAAUUUUCUACAAUAUAUUCAACUGACAAUUCUUAUACGGCUUAUAAAACAUUAAACAAAGCUGCACAUUUUUAUGAUCAUACUGAUACAAAAAUUUUAAAAAAGACAAAUAAAAAUUUAAAUAGUGGUUAUACCAAUUUUAUAAAUAUUAGUAAUGCAUAUUGUAGUAACAAUUCUUACUAUGAAAAAGUUUGUAAUUUAUGUCCCAUUCAGAAUAGAAAUGAUGAAUGCAAUAGUAUUAUUAAACAACAAACUGUCUCCCCAACUAACAUAUCAGUUGCACAUUCAUUUCGAGUAUUAACAAAUUCGUGUUUUAUAAGAAAAUCAAAUAUUAUAAAAAGAAAAUUUCCCAAGUGCAAAUUUUUAACCCGUCAUUGCAAAAAUGAAAAAAUGAGUGAAAAAAAAGAUAAUCAAAUAGACAUUUCUUCAUCAUCUAAUGAUGUUGGAGUGGAUUCAUGUAUUGAUGAUUCAUCCACAAGAAAGGUAUUAUUAACGGAAGAUGAAGAAGAAGGAAAAAGAAGAAAAAAAAAAAAAAAAAAAAAAAGUGAAGAAGCAGAAGAUAAGAAGACAGACGACACUAACACAUCCUUUUGUGGAGAAACAAAAGAAAAUAAAAAUACACAGAUGAAAGAAAAAAAUGAACGAGAUGAUGUAGGUGAUCCAAUUAAAACUAGUAGUUUUGGUGCAUCAACAAAAAUUAAAAAUUUUGAAGAACAAUCUGAACGAUUUAAGGAAGAACAUCCUAGAGGUUACAAUGAGCAAUGGAUUAGUAGCGCCCAUAGCAAUAGAGCUUCAAGUUCUGAUAGACCUGUUAUGUACCCAAGUGAAGACGAUUUCCAUUUUUCCACUUCUGCCAGUUCGGAUGAAUUUGCAAAGAGGGACUUUGAUAAAGUAAAAGAAGAAGUAGAUUUAAUAAAGGAAAAUUUUAUAAAAAAAAAUACAGCUAUAGCUUUGUUAAAUACGAGUAAUAUGCAAGCAUAUAAUAGAGCUACAUUAGCUGCAAAAAAUACAAGGGCAAACAAAACUACAGGGGAUGUUAGCAGAAUCGUACUCACCCAUGCUUUAACAAAUAGAGAAAUACACGCCUUACGUAAUUCAUUGUCCAAUUAUAAGAAUAAUGCUGAAUUUAGACGACUUUGUCUCAAGUGGAAGAGAAAAAAAAAGGAGAAGCGGAAGGGAAGAUUCAGCAGUAAAGGCAAAUAUAGCGAUAGCAAUGAUGACCAACAGAAGAGAGGAAAAAAAAAAAGAAAAAAAAAAAAAGGUAGUGGAAAUAAGGAAAUUGAUAAAAAAAAUCACGGGAAGAAAGUAGGGAAGAAACAGGGCGAAAAUUUAUAUCCCCAUAAGAUUUCUCGACCUGUGGAAAAUGUGGAAGAAAAAGUGGAAGGAAGGGAAAAAAUGGAAGAACGUUGUGAAGAACACGCACAAGUGAGUCAACAAAAACUUGGUAAUGUAGAAGAAAAAUUACAAGACAUUGACAAAAAUAUGGAGAAAAACAUAACAGUUCUAUCGAAUAUGAAUACGAAUUCCAUAAAUUGUUCAUCCGAAGGGGGUAGGGGUGAUAUCAAAAUUUUGCUUAUCCAAUCGAAAAGAAUUGAUAAUUCCGUUGAAAAUGGCGAAGAGAGGGGGAAAAAAAUAGAAACAAGUGAAAUUGUUUUAUUGGAAAAAUGUGAAGGAGAAAAUAAAACCAGUAUUGGAGAAGUAAACAGAGAGCAGAAGAACAAUAAUGAAUCUUUAGAUAACGUAAACGAAGCAUCUGGUUUUUUAAGGGAAGAGGGAAAAACUAUUCAUACAGGUAGCACUGUCCAGGAUAGGACCAAUCAAAAUGAUGUCGAAAAUAAGAAUGAAUAUGCUUUCACGAAAAGUGAUAAAGAAAAUUGUCAGAAGGGUCAAAAUGAGAAUGCUGAAGUGUACAGGAACGAUAGUAAUGAAAGAAUGGGUGCUAAGGUAGCAGAAGUAUUAGUCGAAACGAAGGAAAACAAGGAAGGAGGGGCGCACGUUGCAGAUGCAAAAGCUGAUGAAGAAGUGGCAGAUAUAAUAGACAAAAAGAGAGAUAUAUCAUCUAAAGAAGAAAAUAUUACAAUUGUAACCCCUAAAAACGAAACAUUCCAGAGGGAUCAAAAAGAAGAAGAAGAAGAAGAAGAAGAAGAAGAAGAAAAAAAAAAAAAAAAAAAUUUACUAGAAAAAAACAAAACACACAGAGGAGAAGAAGGAGACGUAAAGGAAGAAAAAGGAAAACAAAAGGAAAAUGUGGAAGCAAAUCUCAGGAAGGAAAAGAAAGGAGUUUUUUGGGGAUCCUAUAAAAAAAAUUUAAAAAAAAGAAGAUAUGAUCCCAAUAUUUCUAAUGGAGAAAAAAUGGAAAUCCAGAUGAAGAGAAAUAAAAAUGAAGGAAGCGAAAACAAGUCAAACAAAAACAAAAAAGAAGGUUGCACCUUGUCCAAGGUCGUAAAGUGCACAAGAGGAAAAAAAGGAUGCCACAAGAGUGGCCGAGACAGCGACAGUAGAGAUGAAGAUAAAAAAAAAAAAGGUACAGGCAAAAAAGAUAAAAUAAAAAAUAAAGACAAAAAUAAGGAUAAGGAUAAAGCCAAAAAUAAAGAUAAGGAGAAAGACAAAAAUAAAGAUAAGGAGAAAGACAAAAAUAAAGAUAAGGAGAAAGACAAAAAUAAAGAUAAAAAUAAAGAUAAAAAUAAAGACAAAGAUAAAGACAAAGAUAAAGACAAAAAUAAAGAUAAAAAGAAGGACGAACAAAAAGGUGAAUCACAAGAUGGCAAUGAUUUUGUGAUAGAGAAGAAAAAUGUAAAUUGUAAAGAAGAAAAAACCAAAAUGGAAAAGGAAAAAAGUUUCAUGGAGAAAAAGAUUUUCAUUCACUUGGAGAGCCCCCUGUCCAUUCUUGUGUGUGGCGGAUUGAUAAGCUCGAAAAAGCUUAUAGAAGCCCAGGCCAUUAUGAAGGAAAAUAACAAAAGACUACAAGACGCGAAAGGCAUGACAUCACUGAAUUCUGAGAAUGCAAGGCACUCAAAUAAAUGUUUUAAUAAAUUGGGAAAGAAUAAAAAUAAGAAUAACAAGGAAAAUGGAGCGUUUUUAUCGAAUUCUUUAGCGGUAGAAGUUGAUUUGAGUGCAUGCUUUUUUUUCCACUCCUCUUUUACUUGUCCUAUUAGUAGAGAUAAAUCAUCCAAAGACAAUCCGCCCUAUGUUCUUAGAUGCGGGCAUGUGAUUUGCAAGAAUUGCGUAGACAAAAUUCACGCUCAAAGAUCUAGACAAUUCAAAUGCCCGAUGUGUCCUCAGUACCUGCACUUAAUAGAGAUUAUUCCUCUAUACUUUAACUAA